AUGGGGAACGACGGGGGCACGAUCGCCAGGGGACAGGACCUACGCGCCGUAUAUGCCAAAAACGAUGCAUUGACCCACGAGCCCAUCGAAAACUUACAGAACUCGCUCUUGUCGGUCUGUUCGCUUACAUCUCUACCUUUGUACGAGCAUGGCCAAGGCCGUGCCAUUGUCUCAGACUACCAGGGGAAGUUGUACCUGAAAGAGCAACUCCUCGAGUUUCUACUAAGCAAAAGAAGUGGAACGUUGGGCGUUUCCGCAACCCCCAGACUCGACCACAUCAACGGGCUAGGCGACUUCAUAGAUGUGCACGUAACUUGGUCUCCGCUGGGUACGGUCACCUGUCCAGUCACGAAGACGUCAAAAACCCCGAAAUCAACAUUUGUGUACCUCCGGCCUUGCGGCUGCGUGUUCUCCAGUAGACUUCUAAGCGACUUGAGGACUUAUCGUAAAGUGCCUGAAAAUGAACCCAAUGCCGCAAUUGUCGAGAAGUGUCCGAACUGCAGCGAGUCAUUUGCGUUCAAUUACGACGUGGUCAUUUUAAAUCCACAGGCGGACGCCGCUUACGAAGAAUUCAACUCGAGAAAUUUCAAGUAUCUUACUGAAAAGCUUCACGUGGGGCAUGCAAAGAAACCGCAAAAGAAGCGAAAA